AUGGAGACAGCAAACGGAUCCAUAUCUCCGGAGUAUAUUUCAUAUUUGGAGCAUGCUGACCCAGGCACGAUCAAGAUUGACUGCUCAGGCGCUUUUAUCGCCAAUGGAGACAUAUUAAGAGAUCAGUAUGAGUCACCUGCUGCCUCUGACAGUCCAUCACCAGAGAUCUCCUCGGAGUCAGAUGCUGAAGAGGAAAAUUCGAACGGACUUUAUCUGGGAGAGAAUUUGGAAGAUGUAAAGGCGCUAUCUGUGGCAGAUGAUAAUGUUGAGUUAGCUAGAAAUGAAGAUUACGAUAUUUCCAAAAAUAUUAAUUUACCAAAGCACAAUUCCGAAGUAAUUCAUAUAUCUGUUGAUAUUGGAGGAACCUUGACAAAGUUAGUGUAUUUUACAAAGAGCAAGGUAAUAUCUGGUGGUGGUAGAUUACACUUCAGAGAUUUUCAAACGGGGAACUUUGCUGAUGAGGUUUUGGAAUUUAUGAUUAAGCUUAUCCAAAAGUCAAUUCACAAACGAUCAUAUCCACCAAUCACGUAUAUCAUGGCUACUGGAGGAGGUGCACAUAAGUUCUAUCUGUUAAUGAAAGAUACAUUUAGUAAAUACAAAUUGCCAAUGAAAAUUAUCGCUAAAGAUGAAAUGGAAUGCUUGAUUCGCGGAUUAGAUUGGUUGAUAACUAAAAUUCCGCAUGAAAUUUUCACAUAUGACUUGAAAGAAAACAAUACUCGAUUCAUUCCAAAUAGAAAAGAUGAAAAUAUUUAUCCGUAUUUAUUGGUGAAUAUAGGUAGCGGCGUUUCAAUGAUAAAAGUGGUAAGGCCAGGUCCAGGGGGUUUUGAAAGAAUUGGAGGUUCUUCUCUCGGUGGAGGCACCUUGUGGGGACUUCUCUCUCUCUUGACUGAAGCUGAAGAUUACAAUGAAAUGUUGGAAAUGGCUCAAAGAGGUGACAAUGAAAACAUAGAUUUAUUGGUUGGUGACAUAUAUGGAAGUAACUAUAACAAAAUCGGAUUAAAAUCAAGUCAUAUAGCUUCUUCUUUUGCGAAAGUUUUCAAACGCUUGAGAUUUAGCAAAAGUAAGAAAAAAUUAACACCUGCUGAGAAACUUGCUCAAUUCAAACAAGAAGACAUGGCUAGAUCAUUAUUGUAUCUGAUUUCUAAUAAUAUUGGACAGAUUGCUUAUUUGCAAGCUGUCAGGUUCGAUUUGAAGAGAAUCUAUUUUGGAGGAAGCUAUAUUUCAGGUCAUAAACAGACCAUUCACACGUUGAGUUAUGCCGUCAACUUUUGGUCGAAUGGUGACAUGCAAUCUUAUUUUUUGAGGCACGAAGGCUAUUUAGGUAGUGUGGGUGCCUUUAUCAUGGGACCUAAUAGUGAAUCAAUCAAAAAUGCUGCUCAACCUCGGCUCAGUAGCAUCAAAUCAUGA